CUCAGGUCAAGAUGCGCAGUCCUACUCUUCUCCUGGGCCUCCUGCCCCUGCUCGCCCUCUUCUGCCUCAUCCAAGAUGUCUCGGCCACCGGCGCCCUGAUCCCGCGCGACCUCGAUGACUCGGCCGACGCCCAGAACUUCCUCGAGGCUCGCUCCCGCCGCUGCACGUCGUCGAAGAAGUGUGGCCGCAACAGCUACUGCUCGUGGGGCCGCUGCCGCCGCAAGAAGUGGGACGGCGACCGCUGCCUCGCCUUUGCGAGCUGCUUCAGCGGCUCGUGCGAUGUCCAGGCCGGCCGCUGCGCGUCGCAGAACCUCAGCCUCGGCACGCGCUGCUCGACGUCCGCCUCGUGCGGCUCGGGCAACUGCCAGAAUGCCUACUGUGCGCCGAAGAAACGCAUCGGACAGUACUGCUACAAGUCGUCGAACUGCCGUACUGGCUUCUGCGCGAAUUCUCGCUGCACGCGCGUGCCGCAGACGGAGCAGCCCGACCUGCAGCCGAGUCUGCCGUGGAACCGCGACCUGCGCGACCUCUCCAACCUCGACGCCUCGCCCGGUCUCGAGCUCUUCUACCUCCAGUCCGGCGCUCUCGACCCGUCCGUCAGCCAGAUCUUCGCCACGCUCAAGGCCGACCUCAGCUUCCCGGCUGUCGUGCUGUCGCACUCGAGCCGCGUCGGCGUGCCCAAGUGCGAGGCGGCGUCGGUCAGCAAGACCGGCGGCGCCGGCAUCGAGGUGCCCUUCUCCGACGCCGCCGCCUACACGUACGCCAAGAACUCGUGGAGCAAGCUCGCUGACAAGUUCCUCAUCGUGACGCACAGCGACGGCUGCGGUGCCGCCGACAAGGCGGACGAGCGCACCUUCUGGCUCGUCGAGAAGAACGGCCUCGUCUGGGACGACGUCGCUCGCACCGUCGACGUCCGCUGCACCGAGGUCGCGCACCAGGACGUGAUCAAUGAGGUCAACAUCAAGUUCGGCGGCUCGACUCCCGCCAACGGCGGCACCACGCCGGGCACGACGCCUGGUGGCACUACGCCCGGCACCACACCCGGCGGCACGACGCCUGGCACCUCGCCGGGUGGUACCUCGCCCGGUACUACGCCCGGCACCACCACGCCUGGCACGACUCCUGGCACCACGACGCCUGGCACGACCCCUGGCACCACGACGCCUGGCACGACCCCUGGUACUACGACGCCUGGCACCACUCCUGGCACCACGACGCCCGGCACGACGCCCGGCACGACGCCCGGCACGACGCCCGGAACCACGACCCCUGGCGAGGCCACCUGCCAGGACGUCGACGCCUCGACGACCGUGCGCGGCCUGCCCGUCGCCGCGUGCGGUGCCGACUUCGACAAGACGCUCGACAGCCGUCUGGGCUUCAACAACCUGCGCAAUGAGGACAGCUUCGCCGAGUACGCCUCGGAGCUGGCGCCGGGCCUCGGCUCGCUGAGCCCGGAUGACUACGACGAGGCCGACGACGACUUCAAGGACGACACGACGUACACCAACAGCAAGCGCCAGCAGCUGCGCCGUGCCCAGCUCAUGUCCGCGCGCGGCGAGCUCAUGAUGUACGACAAGCGCUUCAUCUCGAUGGGCAAGGUCUUCAGAAAGCUCGGAUCUGCCAUUGUCACCGUCGUCACGGCUCCGGCACGGGUGUUCGUCCAGGGCGUCGUCACCGCCAUCGGCGCGACUCCGCUCGGCCCGAUCAUCGACAAGGCGCUGGAGAGCGCUUCGCCGAAGAUCGACAAGACGCUCAACCUCUCGCUCAAGCCGACGAAGGGCCUCCAGCCUUCGAAGACGUGGGGCAACCAGUUCCGCAUUUUCCACGAGAAGUUCGACCGCAACGGCGCCAAGGGCGAGGUGGCCCUCUUCUGUGUAGACUGCGGCAUCGAGGGCUCGGCGCAGCUCACCGGCCAGCUGCAGUUCUCUAUCCAGAAUGGAGGCUCGAUCAAGCAGGCGUUCGUACAGGUCGCCGGCGGCAUCAAGGCAACGGCCGUGCUCGGCCUCGAGGCGGAGGGCACGUACGAGAAGACCUCCAAGACGAACAUCAUGACGGUGCCCCUGGGCGGCUUCGCCAUCAAGGAUUACGUCGUCGUCGGCCCGUCCAUGUCGCUCGACGCGCAAUUCAAGUUCGAGGCGGCCGCGUCGGGAUCCCUCAAGGUUGGCGCAACCUAUGGCAUGGAUGCCUUCAAGGCGCGGCUUGAUUUCCUCGCGGAGAGCGCCUGGUCGGCCGAGGGCUUCACGCCCAAGUUCGAGAAGGUAUUCGAGGUGAAGACGGAGAUCAAGGCCGAGGCGCUGCUGUCGCUGCCCAUUUCCAUCGGCGUCGGCGUAAAGAUCAAGCCGGUCAACUUCGACAAGAAGGUGGCGAUCAGCACAGAGCCCGGCAUCGGCGCCGAGGCCAAGUACUUCUACGACAAGGAGGCUCCGGCCGAGACGGAGUGCAACGGCGGCGUUGCUUACGAGAUUUCGCUGCGCAACGAGGUCGCCAUGGAUCUCUUCGGCACGCGCAAGCCGCUCGGCGAGCCGUGGAAGCACAAGCUCGCAGGCGACUGCUUCAUGCUGCCCGGCGCGCCCGUCAAGGACACGCCGACGGACGGCACCACGCCGACCGACGGCACCACGCCGACCGACGGCACCACGCCGACCGAUGGCACCACGCCGACCGAUGGCACCACGCCGACCGAUGGCACCACGCCGACCGAUGGCACCACGCCCACCGACGGCACCACGCCCACGGACGGCAGCGCUCCGACCGACGGCAGCGCUCCGUUCGAUGGCAGCGCUCCCACGGACGGCAGCGCUCCGACCGACGGUGACGAGGUCGAGCAGCUGCAGGGCCGCAGCGUGCAGCUCCUGGCCAGCGACGUCAUGAAGCGCGACGAGCGGGCACUGCUGGCGCGCGAGAUCGACCUCACCGACUCGGACUUCGACUUUGCCAACGACGACCUGCUGCCCGAGGCCCAGAAGGAGCUGCAAGAGGACAUCGACGAGAGCAUCGCGGCCGCCGAGAACGCCGGCUCGCAGGACGGCUUCGAGUACAUCCAGAUCCAGGACUCGCUGAACCGCUACAAGCUCGCCAACAACGAGGACGGCAGCCUCACGCUCGUCGAGAAGACGGCGGAGACGGGCGGCCUCUACUUUGCCGCCGUCAACAACAUCGUGCUCACCGACGACGCCGAGAACCUCUUCAUCUACUACCCCGCCACGAUGGCCGAGCUGGGCGUCAGCCGUCUGCGCAUGGUCGACCCGACUUCGGUGCCCAAGACGGCCGACAUGCUCGGCUGGGUGCCCAUCAACGCCGACGAGUCGACGGGCACGCCGGGCAUCUACGUGCCGCGCUCGGUCUCGGCCGCGAGCGAGUCGGGGAAGGAGGGCGAGGUCUUCUUCACGAUGCUCUGCAACUUCAAGGACGGCUCGGCGAGCAAGCUCUUCCUCGCCAAGAACGCCGAGACGGCCGAGGCGACGCUCAAGAGCCAGGACGCGCUGCAGACCGUCGCCGGCAACGUCAUCAGCGCCUGCCAGUUCCUCCCGCUCGUGCCCAUGAGCGGCGGCUUCGCCGGCUUCUGAGCUUCCUCUUCUCCGGAUUCCACACUCCCUUUUUUGUGUCCCCUACGUCACCCAACCUGCGCGUC